AUGAUGGCAGAUAAAGAAAUGAGAGAUAAAAUCAUAUCAUCGCCUCAACCAGGUUCGACACUUCCGGCAGUUUUUAGAGAAGACGUCGUUUGCACCGAUGAUGAAAAUUCGGAAACGUGGGAUGGUGGAUGUGACGACGAUGGGAAAUCUAUCGAGAAUGAUGUGAAAAGGAAUUUCGCGGAUAUACAAAACAUAUUGUCCGCGGCAAACGUUUCCGGAAUCAAAGUUCGAGAUUUUUCCACCGUGAAAGAAAACAAAAUUGAAACCAACGAUAAAUUGUAUUCAGAAAUAAUAAACAGUAGAUCUAGUCCGGAUAAUAAUUAUACGAAUAUGACCGUGAAUUCAUCUUCUUCUUCUUCUUCGACUAAUUACAACGUUUUUGUUUCUACGAAUUAUUCGAGUGGGGAUCAAGUCGAGGAAGAAGCUCAAGAUUGUUUUGCCGCAGAAUGUCGUAGAAUGAAAUUGAGAGGGGAAUUCCCAUGUAAAUUGUGCACCGCCAUAUUUCCGAACUUGAGAGCUUUGAAGGGACAUAACAGGGUACACAUAUCAGUCGCGAACGGGACACCGAACUCUCCUUACCGUUGUAACAUCUGCACGUACAAUUCUCUCGACAAAGCCACUUUGGUACGUCACAUGAGAUCACACAACGGUGACAGACCGUACGAAUGUGCCAUGUGCAAUUAUGCAUUCACGACAAAAGCCAAUUGCGAAAGACACCUACGAAAUCGUCAUUCGAAAAUAACGAGAGACGAAGUGAAAAGUUCAAUAAUAUAUCAUCCAUCGGAAGAUCCCAUCAAUGAUUCCGAGUAUCAAAAAACAAACGAAAUGAAUAAGAAAAAUUUGGAAAAAUCGAAAGAAAAACAAGAAUUUAGUUUACCCAUAAAUCUAAAAAUUAAUUUAUCGAAUUUAAAAAAAACAUGGAAAAAUGAAGAAGAUUUAUUUCAAACCGAACAUCGAGAAUUCAUUAAAAACGAAAAACAAAUAAAUAAAGAAAAAAUGGCUGCGAAAUACAAUGAAGAACAAUGUAGGGCUUGGCAAUAUGACGUAAGCGAUGAAGCUUUAGAUUUAAGUUUGUAUAAUGAAAAAAAUUACGAAUCGGAUUCAUCGGAUUUGCCACAAGAUCUGUCGAAAAAGGAAGAAAUUAAAGAAUUUAACAAUAACGUGGAAGAAAAAUGUUCGAAAGCGAAUCCAGAUUUUUAUUCGGAUCGAAUUUACGAUAAUAAAAAUACGACAAAUUUCGAUAUAAAUAAUUUAAUAAAAAUGUAUUCUUGCAUGUAUCCGAGUCUUAACAUUGCUCAAAUUCAACAAAUAAUACUGACGCAGUUAAAUUAUUCAGGGGUAUUGCAAAAACUUUACGGCUUUCCUUUCACAUCGUAUUUCAUGUCGUCGUCUCCAUUAUUUUUAAACUCUUACAAUAUCGAAUCGAAAAAUUUAAAUAGUCUUCAAAUGUCGGGUGGAAAUAUUUUAUAUGAAAAGCAACAUGGUUUGACGAUGUCGGAAAAAUUACAACUUUUUCAACAGCAAGCCAUCGCUGAAUUAUUAUUGAAGAAGGAAAGGGAUCGAAUUACGGAAAAUUUGGGAAAACAGAAGAAGAACGCUUUGGUGGAAACGGAGGCAGAAAAAGAAAAUUUUAGGAAAAGUGUAAAAGAAAAAAAUAACGAAUGUUUAAAAUUAGGGAAAAUUGAAAAAUCUUCGGCAGACAGUCGGAAUUCGUCGGUGAAAAUGGUGAUUAAAAAUGGCGUUCUCAUACCUAAACAAAAGCAAAGAAGAUACAGAACUGAAAGACCUUUUUCCUGCGGACAUUGCAGCGCGAGAUUCACCCUAAGAUCAAACAUGGAAAGACACAUAAAACAACAACAUCCUCAAUAUUGGACUCAAAAACCAAGGUCGAACGUUGGAAAUUUGAAAAAAACCGAAUCCAAUUUAAGAAAAUUGAAUUCGUACGAAGUUGACCGUUGUAGAAAUUUUGACUACCUGAAGCAUUACGCCAUAACUAAAUCCUUAACGUUGGUGCCUCGAGAAAAUUUCAACGGAUCGGAAGAAGAAAAGAAAUGGGAAGAAAUCAUAAAACAUAAAAAAGAAUACGAGACUUCAAACGACGUCCUUAACUUGGUGAAAGACGAUGACAACAAAGUAAAAAUAAAGCAAGAAAUUAUUAAAACCGAAAUCGAGGAUAGAAUAGAAGAAGAUGAAGAAACCAAAGACGAUUUGAUCAUAAGCGAAGAAAAAGAAGAAGAAGAAGAAGAAGAUGCUAAAAUGAAUCAAAAUUUCGUAUCGAAUGACGACAGUUCACCGGAAUUUCUUAGUACGUCACCGGAUAAGAUGGACACUGAUACGAAAAUCGGGGAGGAAGAAAUGAAAGAAAAUGAAAGAAAGGAAAGUCAACCUCAAGAUUUAGCAAGCGUUUCGAAAAUGCUAGACAACGCGGUGACUCAAACUCAAGCGUUCCAAAAGUACUUUCAAGAAGGCUCAAAAAAAGACGAAGAUUCAAUAAGGAUGGAUGCCAUCGUGAAAAGAGAAGAAGGCGAAGACAGGAGCGAAGAAGAAGAAGGUUUGAUCGCGGAAAACACGAGCAGUGACGAAAACAGAUCCGAGUCGGAAGUUACUUCGAGGAGCGGUAAAAAGAAAAGUGCAUAUUCUCUUGCUCCGAACAGAGUUUCAUGUCCUUACUGCUUUCGAAAGUUUCCUUGGACGAGUUCGUUAAGAAGACACGUUCUAACACACACGGGGCAAAAGCCCUUCAAGUGCACGCACUGUCCACUUCUCUUCACGACGAAAAGCAAUUGCGAUCGUCAUUUGUUGAGGAAACAUGGAAGGGAGGCUUUGAUAGCCAGUUCGGGUCAGACCGACAAUCCAGAAACCACCGGUACUUCGGGAAAUGGUAACGCAUCUAAUGCUUCGAGUCCGACUCAGAACAGUAAUAAUAAUAAUAAUAAUAAUAAUAACUAUCCGAUGAGAAAUGUUCCCGAGCGUCCGUACAAAUGCAAUCAGUGUCCAUCUUCGACGUUUUCGACUCUGAGCAAUUUGAACAAACAUUUGUUCAGCAAACAUAAUCGAAACGAAUCCAAAGAUCCGCCGGAAACGAAGCCUAAAAAUGUUAUUUAUCAGGGCCCUCCCAAUGUUACCAUCUCUCCAACUGGAUUUCCACUGAGUUUGCCCAGAGCUCUCUCCAUCAUUCCGCAAUUUCCCGAUUCUUCGAAAUCGUCGGGAAAAAGUCCGAACAGCCAUAAAACGAAAUCCAACGAUUCGUUGAAUCAUUCAAACGGAAGAGAUAAAUUUUGGGAAGAAUCCAGGGCAUUUAGAAAGAGAAGUUCCAGCGACGAGACGGAAGCAACGGAGAAUAAGAGAACUUCUCCAGAUCUUAGAAUCGUAAAUCAAGAAGCUCAAGAAUUGGAAGGACACCGUUCCGAAUCAUUACCCGUUCCUUCUAGCGAAUUACCGUUCAAGUGUCACCUUUGCGAUUCGUCAUUCGGAGAGAGAAGCGACGCUUUAGAACACAUAAGAUGUCAGCAUCCGAACGAAUUUCAAUUACUCGUGUCCAAAGGUGCACUGGAAACAAACACGGACGAAGAAAAACACCAACACGACGACAACGAGGAAACCAUCGACUCGAAUCGGGGUCGUUUUCCAGACUACGCAAAUAGAAAAGUGAUGUGUGCAUUUUGCAUGAGACGUUUUUGGUCUGCCGAAGAUUUAAGGAGACACAUGAGGACUCACACGGGAGAACGUCCAUUUUCCUGCGACGUCUGUCAAAGAAGAUUCACUCUUAAACAUUCCAUGUUACGUCAUCGUAAGAAACACAGCGCUCACGACGAAGUUUUGGUUGGAAGCGACGAAGAACAUUUGAGCUCUUACCAAAUAAAUCACAACAACAACAUAUCGACACAUGAUAAAUCAGAAGAUGGACUUCGCAAAACUAUUUUACACCAAACUCUGACAAGACACGAUGAUCACGACCCUGCUGUUGUUGUCAAAGAAGACAAGAAAGAAGAAUCGAAAAUUGAGUCUUGA